AUGGACCGCCGGCAUGACUCCUCUGAACAUGGCUCCGAUUCAAUGGGAGGCAUGGCCAUGUUCUUCACCACCUCUUCUCACACCCCCCUUUACUCGGAAUCCUGGACACCCUCAUCAACAGGCGCCUACGCGGGCACCUGCAUUUUCCUGAUUCUGCUCGCCAUCACCCUCCGCUCUCUCUUCGCCGCCAAGUCAGUACUCGAGCAGCGGUGGGCAGCACAGGCACGCAACCGGAAACUCGUGCUCGUCAAGGGUCAGGAAUCGGCCUCUGAACGGGUAGAGAACGACCCCUACGCCAAGUUUGGGAGCUUCAUCGGCGCCAACGGUGCUGAGGAGCGACUGAAGUAUGUGCAGGCUGAUGGCCGGAGAGCACUGCCUUUCCGACUGAGCACAGAUGUUCCUAGAGCUGCGCUUGUCAUGGUCAUUGCUGCCGUGUCGUAUUUGCUGAUGUUGGCUGUGAUGACCAUGAAUGUGGGCUAUUUCCUCUCGGUGCUUGCUGGCGUAUUUGUGGGCGAGGUUGCCGUUGGUCGGUAUGCUGCGGUUGAUGACCACUGA